AUGGCAGGCGCUGCGGAAUCUGCUUACGGGUGCACUCUGGAGGAGCUCCACAUCUUGAUGGACUACCGAGGAGUAGAGGCCCAUGAGAAGAUUGUCUCCGACUAUGGUGAUAUGACAGAAUUUUUUGUUGGUUUGUUUUUUGUCAUCGAGAUGCAGAUUUUUAAUUCAGGACUAAGCGAUCCACAGGAUAUCGAGAGGCGCAAAGCGGUGUUCGGCAGCAACGUCAUUCCGCCACAGAAACCAAAGUCGUUCUUUAGACUGGUAUGGGAAGCGUUGCAAGACAUCACGCUCAUCAUCCUAGUUGGAGCAGCGUUGGUCUCGCUCGGCCUCAGCUUCUACACUCCCCCCACCGAAGACUCCGAAGUUGAGAUAUUAUCUUGUCACUUAAGUGUAGCUAAAACUUGUGCAAUUUUUGUUGUACCUGAAUACCAAUUUUUGCCAUAUCCCGGCUAUAUCGAAGGCCUAGCGAUAUUUAUAUCGGUGAUCGUGGUGGUGCUAGUGACGGCCGGCAAUGACUACACGAAGGAGAGGCAGUUUCGUGGUCUUCAGUCAAAAAUCGAACAUGAGCACAAAUUUUCUGUCAUCCGUAAUGGCGAGCAGGUGCAGAUCCCUGUCGGCGAUAUCGUCGUCGGAGACAUUUGUAUGGUGAAGUACGGCGACCUGCUGCCGGCCGAUGGUAUCAUCAUCCAGAGCAACGACUUGAAGGUCGACGAAUCGUCUCUCACCGGCGAAUCAGACCAUAUUCGCAAAAGCGUCGAAACAGACCCUGUUUUGCUGUCAGGUACUCACGUAAUGGAAGGCAGUGGGAAAAUGAUCGCAACCGCUGUGGGAAUUAAUUCGCAGUCUGACAGUGGCAAAGCAGUAUGUGAUAUUACUCUAAAUUCUGUAAGUGAUGCUGACGCUCUACCUCAACCUCUCCCUCCGGAGAAGAAAAAGGAGCACUCGGUAAAGAAAGAACGUUCCGUAUUGCAAGCGAAACUGACCCGGCUAGCGAUCCAAAUUGGAUAUGCAGGAUCAUUCAUUGCUGCGCUGACUGUGAUUAUCCUGAUCCUGCGGUUUUGCAUAGAAGAGUAUGGAAUAAAGAAUCGGUCGAUUUCCGUUGUCGAUAUACAAUACUUUGUGAAGUUCAUCAUUAUUGGCGUAACUGUGCUAGUGGUGGCGGUGCCAGAAGGCCUUCCACUUGCUGUGACACUGUCACUCGCUUAUUCUGUUAAAAAAAUGAUGAAGGACAACAACUUGGUCCGUCAUCUGGACGCGUGUGAGACGAUGGGCAACGCGACGGCGAUCUGCUCCGACAAAACCGGGACAUUGACGACCAAUCGCAUGACCGUCGUCCAGAGUUACAUCGGAGGCAAACAUUACAACGUGGUGCCGAAGUGGGAGAAGCUUGGCGAAAUUAAAGACAUCCUCAUGCAGUGCAUCUGCAUCAACAGCAGCUACGCGUCGCAGGUGAUUCCGCCUGCGGCCAAAGGCGAGGCCGAAAAACAACUGGGCAACAAAACUGAGUGCGGUUUGCUCGGUUUCAUUCUGGCCAUGAAACAGAGUUAUCAGAAGGUUCGAGACGAAAUGCCUGAGGAAAGGUUUGUGAAGGUAUACACGUUUAAUUCUGUCCGAAAAUCGAUGUCAACCGUCAUUCCUUUGGACAAUCGGCCCAACUGCUAUCGAGUGUUCUCAAAAGGCGCAUCUGAAAUACUCCUUGGAAAGUGCAAAUUCAUUCUUAACUCCGAUGGCACGGCGGUGAUCUUCCGUCAGCAGGACAAAGACCGUCUGGUGAAAACCGUCAUCGAGCCAAUGGCGUGCGACGGGCUGCGCACCAUCUGUCUUGCCUACAAAGAUUUUGUUGUAUCUGAUCCAAAGAAUAAUGAAGCUCAGUAUCAGGGAGAUAUUAAUUGGGACGAAGAAGACGCGAUUGUCAAGGACUUGACUUGUAUUGCCCUAGUCGGCAUUCAGGAUCCGGUGCGGGCCGAAGUACCGGAUGCAAUCCGCAAAUGUCAAAACGCCGGAAUCACCGUGCGUAUGGUCACUGGCGACAACAUAAAUACUGCCCGAUCGAUCGCAAUGCAAUGUGGUAUUAUAAAACCCGGACAAGACUUCCUUAUUCUGGAAGGCAAGGAAUUUAAUGCCCGAAUCCGUGAUUCUAAUGGCGAAAUUCAGCAGCAUUUGAUGGAUCAGGUUUGGCCCCGGCUCAGAGUGCUUGCUCGUUCGUCUCCGACGGACAAGUAUAAUUUGGUGAAAGGAAUGAUUGAGAGUAAUCUUAGUUUAAACCGUGAAGUCGUAGCUGUCACAGGUGACGGUACGAACGAU